AAAAGUUAGGGAUUAAUUAAACAAUAAAAAACAGAGAGAAGCAAAGCACAUGAAACAGAGAGAAAAUGCAAGAAAACGAUUCAAAAAAGAUCGAAAUUUUCCGAUUGAAUUGACAUGGUUCGUGCGUCGGUGAAAGUGGGUUCAGCCAAAUUGGUUGUGAUCUGCGUUGGUCUAUUAGGGUUUGCACUCAUUGCCGAUUUUCUAUGGGCUUCUUCUUCUUCUUCUUCUUCAAAAAAUUUCACUUUUUCCAAUCCCAAAACUAUCACAAUCAUUGUUCCUCCCGAAGAGAAGAAGAAAAAGGAUAAUAAUUCUGUAAGAUUACUUGCUGAUGCUUAUGCAGAUUUACCCGGUCCACAACUUCAUUGGGAAAAAAUGGCUACUUCACCUGUUCCUCGUCUUGAUGGUGCUGCUAUUCAGAUUCGAAAUCGUUUAUUCGUUUUUGCUGGUUAUGGUACCAUUAAUCUUGUACAUUCUCAUGUUGAUAUAUAUAAUUUUGAUGAUGGAACUUGGGGAGGAAGUUUUGACAUGCCAAAAGAAAUGGCACAUUCGCAUUUAGGAAUGGUUACAGAUGGAAGAUACAUUUAUAUUGUCACUGGGCAGUACGGUCCACAAUGUAGAGGUCCUACUGCUCGUACCUUUGUGCUUGACAGUGAAACAAAACAAUGGAGUGAUCUUCCUCCUCUGCCAGUCCCUAGAUACGCACCAGCAACUCAACUUUGGAGAGGUAGAUUGCAUGUGAUGGGUGGAAGUAAAGAGAAUCGACAUACACCUGGAUUAGAACAUUGGAGUCUUGCUGUCAAAGAUGGAAAACCAUUAGAAAAGGAGUGGAGAAGUGAGAUACCCAUUCCUCGUGGAGGACCUCACAGGGCCUGUGUUGUAGCCAAUGACCGUCUCUAUGUUCUUGGUGGUCAAGAAGGUGAUUUUAUGGCCAAACCCGGAUCACCUAUUUUUAAGUGCUCGCGCAGGAUGGAGGUGGUCUAUACUGAUGUUUACAUGUUGGAUGACGACAUGAAGUGGAAAGUGCUAACUCCAAUGCCAAAACCAAACUCGCAUAUUGAAUUUGCAUGGGUGCUCGUAAACAAUUCUAUUGUUAUUGUUGGUGGCACAACAGAGAAGCACCCUGAAACUAAAAAGAUGGUUUUAAACGGAGAAGUGGUCCAGUUUAACUUGAAUACUUUGAAGUGGUCAGUGAUUGGAAAAUUACCAUACCGGGUGAAAACAACUUUAGUUGGAUUUUGGAAUGGAUGGUUGUACUUCACUUCAGGACAGAGAGACAAAGGACCUGAUGAUCCAUCGCCAAAAAAGGUUGUUGGAGAUAUGUGGAGAACAAAAUUAAAAUUGAAUGAGUGAACAAUUUGCUGUGGAAUCUAUUUUGUAGCUAUUUUAACUAACUUUCCAAAAUUGCAGCAGAGUUGAAGAGGCCGAAAUAUUACAUAUUCUUUGUUCACAGUGAAAUAUAUUUCUUUUCAUGUGCAGAA